UAUAUCAUUGUUUUUAUCACUUGCUAGCUACUUCUAUUAUUUCAUUACCACAAACAAGACCUGACAAAUUACAACUCAUUUCCUUAAAUUACUCACUUUUGGCAAAAAUAAAAAAUAAUUAGUGCACAAUGUUUGCAACAAAAAACCUUGUAAUAAUACAAUUAUGUUUAUUAUUAUUGUUGCAAAUUUCUAUAAGUCAUUGCUCUUUAUCAACAUCCCAAAAGAAAGGAGUUGAUGGAGAUAAUGUUGCAGCUUGUACAAAUAAUUGUACCAUUAUUUGUCAAUUUCCAUGUCAACCACCACCAAGGCCGCCAACGCCGUCACCACCGCCGCCACCACCACCACCGCCGCGAAGCUACUUGACGGAAACUCCACCACCACCGGCAUCUUCAGGUUCUCAAGGGGUUAAUUGUCCUCCGGGAAGUGUGCCAUGUUGUGAGUACCCUAAUAGUCCUCCAAUGAGUGGAGGAGGGCCUUUUGAUCAAGGAAGUCAAGGUCAAUAUGUUCCACCAAGUCCUUAUACUUAUGUGCCCUACAAUAACUUCUCUGCUUCUACAACCACUAGGUCUACUAGUGACUUGUUUGGGAAGCCUCUUUUUUCUGCUAUUUUCUUCAUGUUCUUCUUUUCUUUAACUUAAUAUAAAGUGUAUAUGUUCAUACAAUUUAAUGUAGGGUAAAGUUGCAUGCA